UGUUACAGAAGCCCAUUCAAUGCAUCGUCGGCAGGCGGCCGAUGAUGUGAACUACGACGACCCCUUACUUGGAGACGAGGCUACUGAUGAUGAUACAAUGAACGACACUGAUGGAAAUGCAGAGCCUCAAGUACAGAUGGAGCCAGCAGUCAUAGAGACUGCUCCAGCGUCCUACGAGGUGGAAGCAGGAGGAGAGAUACGUUUGGAGUGCAAAGUUACUCCUGAGAGAACCGUGAUAACAUGGAACAGGAACAACGACCCUUACUUCAUGGGAACCAUGAAGAUGCACCCUGAAGAAGUCAGAUAUUCCAUAGCGGACAACUCCAAAGACAUGGUGAUCAGGAAUGCUAAGGUGGAGGACAGUGGAGUAUUCAAGUGCGAGACCAUUGAGAAGGUGCCGGUGGCCAUCAACCACACGCUGCUGGUUACACAGAAACCUGCUAUUGUCAACAUGACAGCGACUAACGGAGGCAAUGUCGGCGAGGGCACUGACCUCACUCUGUCCUGCUUCGUGACUGCUUCUCCUGUACCAACUGUCAUCUGGUCUGUCACCAGGAAGGAUCACCUUAAUGUGCGCUUGACAGAGGCGGACGCAGAAUUCAAAGUGGACGGAAACCAGUACAGCAUGCGCAUUAAGAACGUGAAGACCAAAGAUGCCGGUCAAUACUAUUGUUAUGCUAUCAACAAGUUGGGCAGCGACCAAGUAGAAGCCAGCGUUGAAGUUAAAGGCAAACCUCAAGUCCAUGUGCCAAGGACCAUUGUCAACUCCGACCUUAAGAUUGAAGCUGUUCUCCAGUGUGUCGCCCACGAGGAAGCCAGGCCACACAUCCGUUGGUACAAAGAUGGUGUUCUGAUCGAGGAUAGUGAGACCAAAUACGUCAUCAGCACGGAGGGAGCGCACUCCAACCUGACGGUGUCACCUUCUGCUGAUGGGGACUUCGGAACCUUCACUUGUGAGGCUGAAAACGACUAUGGUACCCACAACCGCUCCAUCGAGCUGGUGCAAAGCCCUGUGGUUGAAGAUGUGGACAUCGACGGCCCACGCAUGACCUGGACUGUCCACUCACACCAACCACUUGAGGAUAUGGAAGUGCAACUUAAGGCUACCAGUGACGACGGUGAAUGGCGUACCCUCAGAGUCCCAGUGCCUGAAGGCAAACACCACAAAUAUGACAUCAGCUACUCUUUGGAGGACAAACAAUUGCCAAUUGGAGAAUACUUAGCCGUCGUGAAGGUCAAGAACUCCAAGAGCUGGGGCGGUUCCAACGAACCGGUUACUGUUAAUAUUCAAGAUCCACAGUCGCUGUACAUCCAGACCGCGUCAGUGUACCGUGAUAACACAGGUGGUGCGCAUUCCAUUCGGCCAGUAUACUCUGCACUAACGACAAUCCUGAUGUAUCUUCUCGUUCGAAUGCUUUAA